UUCCCCCUAUGCCCCGCCCCCUCCGCAGACGCUGCGCAUGCUGGGAUGCCGUGGCCGUCAGUUGGAGGCCGCGCUCCGCUGUGAGUUGUGCGGUUCGCGGUGCUCGGUGUGUACGUGAGGUGACUGGACACUCGGGAGCGACGGCCUGGUGACAAGAGCUGUGAGGUGCUUGUGCAUCUAAGAUAAUGGAAGAUCAGUGUCAGGCCAUGCAGGGACCACCAGUGCCCCAGUUCCAGCCACAGAAGCCACUCCGACCAGACAUGGGGUAUAAUACGCUGGCCAAUUUCCAAAUUGAGAAGAAAAUUGGCAGGGGCCAGUUCAGUGAAGUAUACAGAGCCAGAUGUCUUUUGGAUAGAGUGCCUGUUGCUUUAAAAAAAGUUCAGAUUUUUGAUUUGAUGGAUGCCAAGGCAAGAGCUGACUGUAUCAAAGAGAUUGACCUCCUUAAGCAACUGAACCAUCCAAAUGUCAUUAAAUAUUAUGCUUCCUUCAUUGAGGACAAUGAACUGAAUAUAGUUCUGGAACUGGCAGAUGCUGGGGAUUUAUCUAGGAUGAUAAAGCAUUUUAAGAAACAGAAGCGGCUGAUCCCUGAGAGGACAGUUUGGAAGUAUUUUGUGCAGCUGUGCAGUGCCUUGGAACAUAUGCAUUCCCGCCGUGUCAUGCAUAGAGAUAUUAAGCCAGCCAAUGUGUUUAUAACAGCCACAGGCGUGGUGAAGCUGGGGGAUUUAGGCUUGGGCCGCUUCUUCAGCUCCAAAACCACAGCUGCACAUUCUUUAGUUGGUACCCCCUAUUACAUGUCACCAGAAAGGAUACAUGAAAACGGAUACAACUUCAAAUCUGAUAUUUGGUCAUUAGGAUGUCUGUUGUAUGAGAUGGCGGCAUUACAAAGCCCAUUUUAUGGCGAUAAGAUGAACCUGUACUCCUUGUGUAAGAAGAUAGAACAGUGUGACUAUCCCCCUUUGCCAUCUGAUCACUAUUCUGAGGAGUUACGUAUGGUGGUGAACACUUGUAUAAAUCCGGACCCAGAGAAGAGACCAGAUGUUACCUAUGUGUAUGAGGUUGCAAAGCGUAUGCAAGCCUUGACCGCCAGCAGCUAGAUUACAGUUUGCACAGGACUCUCCAACCCAUUGUCCUCCAUUUUCAAGAAUUUUCAGGCCAUACAUACAGUUGAAGGAGGGCAAAGUUUUAGAAGUUGCUUAAAUAGUUGCUUAAAGGGUCUGUGAGGCAUUUCCAACCCUUGUUCUAACAAGUUCUAGGAUGGUAUGCAGGUUGUUUUUCAGUUUUUUUACAUUUUUACCUUUUGGGAAAUUUUUAAAUAAAAGCGCCAAUUUAUUUUUUAUUUGCACUGCAGGACUUUGCCCUCAUCCUGCAGCCAGGUUUGAGUUAUGUCAACAUCAUUUUUUACUAUAGACUAUAAGUGAGCACCUUAAACUCUUAUAAAGCCUGAUUGCUGUACAAUUAAUUUUCCAGUAAUGGUUGAUAUUUGUCUUGUGCUCUUUAG